AUGUCUUCUACCGACAACGCCGAGUCCGGGGUGCUCGAGUCCAAAGAGCACGAGUCGGGGCCCACGAGUUCUCCCCAGACUGCGCAACCAACACCCGCACAACUCUCGACCGUUCCGGCCAGCUCAGAAUCUGUAUCUGAUAACACCGCCUCUGUCCCAUCGGACAACGCCCAGCCAGUCGGUGCCGCGAACCACCCCGCAAACGGUGGCGAAAACGCCGCCCUCGUGACAGCAACGACUAGCUCCUCCAUUACUCCCCAGAACGAUUCCACUCCCGUUGUCGCGCAGCCCCAGAAUACCGACCCGCCUUCGAUGGAUACCGAAGAACCCAAGACGGUCGCUGAACUCUCGGAGGAGCAGUCAGACCUUGAGGGGAAGGAGGUUGAGGACGCCGGGCCUUCGCUGGCUAUUACGUUGCUCUUGACGACCGGGGCGCGGCAUCCGUUCACCAUCGACGGGAAGUACUUGCGGAAGCGGUCGGUCAACGUCGAGAAUUACGAUCCGUUUGCCAUGAGCGUUUAUACAUUGAAGGAAUUGAUCUGGCGAGAGUGGCGAUCUGACUGGGAAACCCGUCCUUCGUCUCCGAGUUCAAUUCGUUUGAUUUCCUUCGGAAAAUUGCUUGAUGACAAGUCGCCUCUGUCUGACUCAAGAUUCAGCCGAGAAUCUCCCAACGUUGUACAUAUGACUGUGAAACCACAAGAAGUGGUAGAUGAAGAGGACGCAAAGGGAGCCAAGACACAGUUCAACCAAGGACGCGAAGCCGGUGAGCGCAGUCCCGGCUGUCGCUGCAUCAUUCUAUAA